UCCAUCAGGCAGAUAAACUUCUUGAGAAAUAAUUAUAAUAGAAAACUCGGGAAUAUUAGAAGAGUGAAAGUGAUGACCUCCACCUUUAUGUUGACCUUAUCUCGUUCAAUCAGGUUACAGAGCGGCAAGGUCGUCAGGCAUAGACAAUAGUUUCUCGAAAUAUUACUAUUUCCUAUAUUCUGCGUAGCGCUGCUAGUAAAAAAUUAUGCAUCUAUCGGAAAAGUUUCGCGAUCAAUUAGCAAGCCUUUUUCUAAUCUAGGAACUUACUAAGUUGACCUAAUACCAAAAUUAUAUCGACGAUUAAAUAGUGGCAAUACCUUUCGUGACUCGAGUGCUUUCCCAAAAAAUUUCCUAGCCUAAAAUAGAAGGCACUCUAGACUAAUACAAGUUCAAAAACGUCGUUUGAUUCGAUAAAAUCAAGAAAUUAGAACGCUAUAUAGUUAAUUCCAAUAAAUCAAGUAUCCACAUAAAGCAGUUCGCGUUUUCUUCAGAAAAAAUACGAUAUAUCUAAGUAUGGAAAAUAUUAUCGAUAAAUCAAGUGGGGUAGUGAAGCCAGGCGUGGGCGACAGAAUUAACGGUUUAGGAUACCUGAUGGUAGCGUAUUUCCUGGUCACCACCGUGGUUGGGGCUGGCUUCCUCUCCUUACCCAAAGCUGUUGCAAAUACAGGAUGGAUCGGGAUUCCGUUGAUUUUACUCUUUGGAGGAUCGGUAGGCUUCGCUGUCACGAGGCUCGGUCGCACAUGGCUCAUACUGGAAGAACGAUGGCCUAAAUACAGGGAACCUGCUCGGCAGCCAUACAUGGACAUGGCUGAGAAAGCCUUCGGGACAAUAGGCAGGAGAAUCUGUUUCGGGUGCGUGAUGUUCACUCUUGUCGGUGAUGGCAUAGCAUUUCUGGUCCUGAUGGCGGGUAUGGUGAACAGCAUCAUACCAGCAGUCAGCGUGUGUGGAUGGAUCCUAAUUUUUGCAGUGCUGCUGUGGCCAACUUCGUUUUUCGGAACACCGAAAGAUUUUUGGUUGGUGUCGAUCUUUGCCGUCGUGGCCACUGGGGUGACAAUUGUAGCUAUCUUAAUUCAACUCUUCCUAGACAUCCCACUUCAUCCUGACCCUCAGUACCCAAACCCUACAAUCAAAUCUUUCUUUUUGGGCUUCAGUGCAAUAGUUUUUGCAUUUGGCGGAGUAUCAGUUUUCCCAACGCUGCAAAAUGACAUGGCCAACCGAAGAGAAUGGUGGAAAAGCGUCAUUAUUGGAUUCGCUGUCAUUUUCGCUCUAUAUCUCCCCGUGACCAUUGCCGGCUAUGUGAUCAUCGGCGUCGAUGUUAGCUCCAACAUUCUCUUGGACGCCUCGAGCGGCGUCAACAUCACCAUCGCCAUCACCCUGAACGUCGUCAACCUGUUGAUGACUUACAUCAUCUGCUUCAACCCUGUGGCGCAGGCGCUUGAAGACAUCUGUAACGUUCCUAAUUCUUUCAACUGGAAGCGCGUGUUGCUCCGUACGGCCGUUGUAGUCUUCGAAGUUUUUUUCGCAUUGGCUGUGCCGGAUUUCGGCGCCAUCUUGAACCUCAUUGGCGGGUCAACAAUAUCGAUAUUAAGCUUCAUAUUCCCGCCUCUGAUGUACAUGAGACUUACCGACAUGACAAGAGAUGAAACUUGGCAUGAAGAUGCCAAAGACAGAACCAUCCCGCUGUGGGAGCGCAUCUACCUAUGGAUGAUCGUUGUGGUUGCCGCCAUCGGCAGUGUGAUGUCAACGGUCUUCGCCCUCAUGGUUAUCCUGGAUCCUGAAACUUUAGGCGCUUCUUGUUUUGCAGACUUUUCUCUCUCCGUAUAAUGUUGUGCCGUGUAGUGUCUCAGAUAUUAUUAGUCAAUAUUUAAAGAUAGUAUUCGUCAUAGUUCGUUUAUGGAUCAGUUUUUGAGAUUAUUCAACCAUCUUUCGAUAUAAAUUAGGCACAUUGCCUUGGUUUUAUUGCGCUAUUCUUGAGAGCAUUUUCAUAAAAAGAAAUUGAUACAAGUAAAGCAGUUCAAUAAACUUAUUAAACACAUUUGGUGUAGUGUGUUGUUUACAGUCAUGAAGAAACUAUGAUCAAAUAAUAUACAUAAAUCUUUCCGAACACACAUCGGAAAACAAGCAGACUUAGCUUUGAAGGUCACUCAUCCAGUUAUAUUAUAAUUAUAUUAUACAGGG